AGUGUGGUGUGCGCGUUCUCGUUCUCUUCCUCGGGGCUGUGGAGGGGGUGGAGAGCCUGAGGCCUUGUGCUGACAUUCCUGCUGGGAGAACUCGCGUUUGUGCCCUUUCCAUGCUUGGACCUUUCUUCACGGGGUAAUAGACCUUCUCCUCGGCUCUCGCGCCCGCUGAAACCUCGGCGCCACUUAAGGGGCGUGUGAAUAUGAGGCGUGUGCAGGACCCGCUGCCCCUCCUCUUGGAGGCAGUAUUCAGCCGGAGAAAGGAAAAACAAAUUAAGCACCUAAGAUGUGAGAGAUCUACUGCUUUUUAAAGGACUGUAUUGAUUGCAAGAUGGACCGGAGUAAACGAAAUUCAAUAGCAGGAUUCCCUCCACGAUUGGAGCGUGUUGAAGAUUUUGAUGGGGGUGGUGGAGGUGAUGGGACCGUUUCCCAGAUGGGCAGAGUUUGGACUUCUUCAUACAGGGCCUUGAUAAGUGCCUUUUCAAGACUUACACGACUCGAUGACUUCUCCUGUGAGAAAAUUGGAUCUGGUUUCUUUUCUGAAGUGUUCAAGGUGCGGCACAGGGUGUCUGAUCAAGUAAUGGCUUUAAAGAUGAAUACACUAAGCAGCAACAGAGCAAACAUGCUGAAAGAAGUCCAGCUCAUGAACAGACUUUCACAUCCAAACAUAUUAAAGUUUAUGGGUGUCUGUGUACAUCAAGGACAACUGCAUGCACUUACUGAAUACAUCAACUGUGGUAACCUGGAGCAGCUGUUAGACAGUAACCAGCACCUGCCCUGGACAGUAAGAGUGAAACUGGCACUAGACAUUGCUCUGGGACUCAGUUACCUUCACUAUAAAGGCAUUUUUCAUCGGGAUCUGACAUCCAAGAAUUGUUUAAUAAAGCAUGAUGAGAAUGGAUAUUCUGCUAUAGUUGGUGAUUUUGGCUUAGCAGAGAAAAUUCCUGACUACAGUGAAAAGCUGCCUGUGGUGGGCUCUCCUUAUUGGAUGGCACCUGAAGUGCUGAGAGAUGAGCCUUACAAUGAAAAGGCGGAUGUGUUCUCGUAUGGAAUCAUUCUUUGUGAGAUUAUAGCCAGGAUCCAGGCAGAUCCAGACUAUCUCCCCCGCACAGAGAAUUUUGGCUUGGAUUAUGAUGCCUUCCAGCACAUGGUGGGAGACUGUCCUCCGAAUUUCCUCCAGUUGGCCUUCAACUGUUGUAAUAUGGACCCAACACUACGCCCUUCAUUUGUGGACAUUGUAAAGACUCUGGAGGAGCUAGUAAGCUGUUUGAAAAAUGAAGAGGUUGAAAGAGAGAAGAAACACUUAAAUCUGGACAGUACAGAGAGAAAACCUGUCUCUGUUUCCAAAGGUUUUCUAGAGAGAGGACAAGGAGUUAAAAGACUAAGUUCACUGGAUGACAAGAUUCCUCCCAAGUCACCACGUCCACGACGUAACAUUUGGCUAUCACGCAGUCAGUCAGACAUCUUCUCCCGUAAGCCUUGUCACAAGAUAAAUGUCCAGGAUCCUUACUACACACCAACCAAAGGGGGAAGCCGAAAAGUCAACCCUUUCAAUGCUAGGGAAGACCUGAAAGGGGGAAAAGUCAAAUUUUUUGACAUGCCAAGCAAAUCUGUGAUAUCACUUGUAUUUGACUUGCACUCCCAAGAGACAGGGGGAUAUCUGAAGAUGAGCCAGCCUCAGCUCAGGCAAACCUUCAGCACUGAUUGGCAGGAGCCUGCUUUCCUCCCUUGGAGACGCUGCAGAUCACUUCCUGUCUCUCCUGAACUUGUGCAUAAAGAUUAUAGCACAUUUGGGGAUCUAUCUUCAACAGUUGGUAGGUGUGAUCCAAGCCAGUUGGGGGUUGAGGUGCGACAAAAGUUACUGAGCAGCAAUAAAUACGGAGUGUCUGAGAUCCCUCCUUUUCAGGCCAAAUGUCAUAGGCUGGAGUCUCCUCCUCCUGUGCAAGAAGAAGAGAUGGACUGUUCUGAUGAACUGGAGCCGCAGGAUGAAAAUGGGUUCUGUCCUGUGAAAAAUGUAAUUGAGGAGCCAGAAUUCAGAAAGUCUACAGGACAAGUUCUGCAAGACUCCCAGAACAUGGAGGAUAUCUUGGUACAAAAUUUAGUCCAUUCAGAAGAUAAAUCCUCAGAGGAGUCUAUGAGCUGUAUAACCUCUGAAGAUAUGGAGGUGGAAGAUGAAACACCAAGGAACAUGCCUCUGUCUAGGCUGGAGUCUUCCAAACUGUUCACUGUUAACCCUUCCUCACAGCUAGGCCAAGAAGUGUCUCUGUUUGAGGUAGAAGAUAGUGAUACAUCAAAUGGUGUUUCUUCGCCAUCAUCAAAUAUUCCAGCAUCAGUAAGUGAGCAGUCAAAAUGUGACGUUUAGAAAAGUCCAGCCAUGGUACCAGAGUGACACACUUCUCCCCAUACCUUAGAAAGCUAAAACCAAUGUAAAAAAGCUCUAGCAAGUUGUAGCAACUAGUCUGGAGGUUUCAAAAUGUAUUUGAAGAGAGGCUGCAUAUAUUGAAGUAUGUAUGAGAGAAUGAUCCCUCAGCUUACCUCAGGAGACAAUUGUAGGCAGAAAGGGUGAACCACAUCUCUGGUAUGCCUGGAGCAAUGUAAGGGCAUAAUUCCUGGGAAAGAUGAUGGGAUCCUUGGUCUGCCUUGGCUUAGAAGCCAUUCUUCUGUGUGUGUAUGGAUGCCUGUAUGCUUUUGCUUCUAUUGAAGAAAUUCUUCUAAACUUGCCAGGAACUCCCCUCCUUAAGUAUUUUUGACUUUCUCUCUCUCCCUAGCAGUUGCUAAGCAGGUAUAAGUGACUUCUGAUUUGGGAUCUAACAGACUUGAAGUUAGCAGUAUCCUGGCAUAAAGGUAGUUUUUCUCGUUUCUGUGAUGUAGUGACAGGUUCAUAGCACUUAAAAUCCCAAGUUCUCUUGUAUCCAUAAAACAAGCUCUAGACUGCGAUACCUAAGCUUCCUUCCUCUUUCAAUAUUUAUUCAGAUGCUGGAAGUGAACAGUUCAGACUCUUCGUUUCAGCAUUCCUUCUCCACUUGGGGAAGGUGCUACUUAUGCUAAAUGCUCUCAACUGUGGCAGUUCUAUUGCAAAACACAAAACCCCACUACAUUUUCCUGGCACCACCAGUUAGCAUCUUCUGUGAUGGAAAAGGAAUGAUGCAUGUGACCCUUCACAUUUUUAACGAAGAUCUUAAAGGCAGGGAUGUUCUCUAAAAAUCCUAGCUGAGUGCAUCUUCAGUCAGUAUCUCUGCAAGUUUAUCACUUUGAGCAUGCUUGUUUAGUAUUUUAAGAUGCAGACUUUAGCCUUCUUACAGAUGGGUGUGCACCUACAUUUAUAUUUUGUGUAACUUUUAUAAGCAUCUGGCAUUCUGAAGAGAGAGGUUUUGCUUCUUGUUUGAGAUCCUGGCUGGCUGUGCAAAUUAUGCAAUUAUCCAUAUGAACUCUUUAUUUUCCAAACAUUUAGUCCAGCAUAGGAGUCCAUGGUUUCCUAGUUUUAACACAGCAGGCUGGUGAGAACUCCCCUGAGAGACAAAAUAAAAAGCAGUGCUGCCUCCUGAUGUUCACAAAAAAGAUAAGGUGAAAGCUUUCAAAGUAGCAAGCAAUAACUUGGGGACUUGAGCAAUACCUUGACAUCGUAAGGAACUGGUAGUAACUUUCUUGCAGACCUUUGUGUCAUAACCUUUCCUCAGUCUCUGCUUACUUUGUCCUGAGCAGUCUUAGGCAGCUCCUCCAGAACUUACCUCUGGAAUGAAGAAUGACUGUUAGUUUUUAAAACAGCCCCAUAAUAGUCUAGUUUUUUAAUCUCUUGCCUCCGGGGCAACAGAGAAUUCCUACAAGCACUAUCCAUAUGCUUCUUUUUGACUUACAGAAUGAAAGUGUCAAGUUGGUAAAUAACUAAAUUGCCAAGUAGAUGCUUGAUGAACAUUUUGGAUUUUGUAUCAUCUUGCCCACUAAACAUAAAUUCAUUCAGGAUUGGUUAAUGGAUUGUGAGAGACCUGAGCAUUUGGGUCUGCUUCAAAGGCUGUAGAAAGAAGUCUGCACCUCCGUUGUUUCUCCUAUGGACUUUCCUAGCCCUGUAGCUUCACUUGUGCUCAAAUAGAACUGCCAAAGUUACAGCAAGUGGCACACCCUUAGUUUGGAACCCUAAUCAUGCUUCUACAUGUAUGUGUGUGCUCAUGCAUGCCUGUGUAUGUAUGCUGGUGGACGGCUCAAGAGCCGUAACCUCAUAUAGAAAGUAUGACGUCUUCCUAAUCCUCUGUGUAAUGAAAAGUGGUUGGCAUUAGACAGCUCAGAUGAAAGCAAAUUCCUUGGUCAUGGAGUAGUUAAAACUAACUGUAAUACUGCUCUCUUGGGAAACAUGCUAAGAAUCCCUAGUCCUAUAUUACUCACAAGUAUUGCAAAGCAGCUGUUGGCUGUUAACUGUACUCCAUACAGAAUGAAGCCAGCCCAAUACAUUGCUUUAUACAACACAGUAGUGAUUUUUUGCUUUGAUCAUGUGUUUGAUUUGCUGACAAAGAUGCAUUUUGCUUUUUAUAAGCUACCUGCAAACAUUUCUAUGAUACCCAAUCCGUUUUAAUUCACUCACUCUUUUGAUAAUUAGUUAUUAAACAUGUUAGAAGCUAUACUUGUGGCUGAUUGGUGAAAGAAGGCUGUGUGAAUAAAUGUAUGUCUAAAUUGCUGCCCCAGCAGAAGAUAGGGGUACGAUAGGUUUAUUCUUUGUUGCUGUAUUUGUCCAAGAAUACUGGUAUUUUUGCCAGUUUAACUACCAACACUUGAAUAAUUCUUCUUUGCACUUAAUGCUGCUGUUUAUACUGCAUUUCACUACAUUUCUAUGCAAAAAUAACCUUUGGGGGCAGCCAAAUAUUUGAUUAAGAUCUUUGCAAGAUCUAUUUUCAUAUUUAUGAAGGAGUUUUAUGUCUUAAUAUUUGCAGUCUGUAAAUAGCUAUACUUUGUCAUUAAAGCUUAGGAAGAAGUUUGUAGCCUGUGCAUAAUUUAACACUGCCAGAAAAGAAUCUUUGCGAAACAACUUUUUCUAAUACUGCAGAUAUUUAUGAAAGUGUAAAGAAAGCAAAUCUUGGUUUUUAUGCUGAUUUAUCUUGUCGGACUUUUUUUUCUGAAUUACAGAAGUGGUAUGUUUUACUGGAACUGCAAUAAGUAACCAAAGAUGAACGUGGUUUGAAAAUAUUUUCAUGUUUUCUUUGUCAGUUUUUGUAAACUGUUCCCCAGUUUGCAUUCAAAAUAAAAAAUAAAUUUACCUUU